CAGAUUGCCCAUUUUAUGCUAAAGCAGAAGUUCUGGCAGAUUAUUUACAAAAGAAUCUUCCUGAUUUUCAGAUAUUUAAAAUUACGCAACAUCCUCAUGUUUGGGAGGAGUGGCUGAAAGAUUUGUGUGAAAAGAAUAAAUGGAGUCACGAAGAUUCCCCCAUCAUUUGGAGAGAGCUGUUGGAUCGUGGAGGAAAGGGUUUGCUUUUGGGAGGAUAUAAUGAAUUCCUGGAGCAUGCCCAGCUUUACUAUGGUGUCACCUCUAGUAUGACGACUGAGCUGAUGAAAGUAAUUGCUCAAGAGAACCUGGGUUCACAUAUAGAAAAAGAACUAGAGAAAGAAGCUCUGAAAAGUCUCAUCGACCCUUUGCAGGUCUGGAUCACCAGUGCGUCGACUCCUGCCUGCUACAACUUAAUUCCCAUACUGACCAGCGGCGAAGUGUUUGGAGUGCACACGGAAAUUAGCAUAACUCUAUUUGACAACAAGCAGGCAGAAGAGCAUCUCAAAAUCCUUGCGAAGGAGACGUGGGACCUGGUGUCGCCCUUCCUCCGGAGCGUCUCGAUCUGCACUAGAGUGGAGGAGGCCUUCCGCCAGGCCCACGUGAUCAUCAUCCUGGACGACCCCACUGACCGGGAGGUGUACACGUUAGAAGACUGCCUCCGGAGCCGGGUCCCUCUGUGCAGGCUCUACGGAUACCUGAUCGAGAAAAACGCUCAUGACUCCGUCCGAGUUCUUGUAGGAGGGAAAACUUUCGUCAAUCUUAAAGCGGUGUUGCUUAUGAGAUAUGCCCCAAACAUCGCGCACAAUAUUAUCGCUGUGGCGCUGGGGGUGGAAGGAGAAGCCAAAGCUGCCCUAGCCAGAAAACUGAAAACAACCCCUUCCUGCAUCAAAGAUGUGAUAAUUUGGGGUAAUAUUAGUGGAAAUAGCUACGUUGAUCUGAGAAAAGCCAAGAUUUACAGAUAUGAGAGUGCUAUUUGGGGACCUCCUCACUUUUCACGCCCUGUUUUAAGCUUGAUUUUUGAUAGUGAGUGGGUAAACAAAGACUUUGUGGCAACUCUUAAACAGUUGACCACCACGGGAAAACAAUUUGGAGGCAUCUUAGCUGCACACAGUAUCGCCACUACGUUGAAAUACUGGUACCAUGGCUCACCACCUGAGGAGAUCGUGUCCUUAGGAGUACUGAGUGAAGGCCAGUUUGGUAUACCUGAAGGAAUUGUCUUUUCUAUGCCUGUGAAAUUUGAGAAUGGAACUUGGGUGGUUCUUACAGAUCUCGAAGAUAUUGAAAUAAGUGAACAAAUAAUGACCAGAAUGACAAAUGAUCUGAUUCAGGAGAAACUUGUUGCGCUGGGAGACUUGAUAAAUUUUCAGCCAUAUCAAUCAGAAAACGGCUCAGCCGAAACGGAUGAAAAGACCACCUUACCCACCACAGAUGACAACCAGGAAAAUCAAACAGUCUCAGAUGGCUCUGAAGGCAAAACUGUGGAACACUAGCAGAUCAAAUUAGACCAACUAUAAAAUUAUUUGGUAUUACAAUAAAUAUAAAAAAUCCAUACAUGUCUGUACUUAGGGAAGAAUAAUUUGAAAGAUUUACUUCAGUCUUAGAUAAUAUUAUGCUAGACAAAUUACAGUGACUGCACAGACACACAAACAUCAGAGUUCAACUAUUUUGUGUAACCACUCAUGGAUGUUUAUUAUUGCAUUUUCUCAUAAAUGGUUUGGUGUCACUUAAUAAUUUUUCAACUAAAAUAAAAUAGAUUUGUCAGUCAUGGCAUCCUUGCUCAUACAUCCUUCAGAGAGAACCUGCUUCCUCCGAGAGACAGUACCUAAGCCAUGGGCCGAGGUGGCCAGGUUUGCUCAGAUUUCCUUACCACGUUGGACUCAACUGAUUGGGCCAAAAGAAACACACCUCACUCAAGAAAAGCCGAUCAGAUAGUCUUUUGAUCUCUCAUAAAAAAAUUGAACUGAAAAAAAUGGACGAGUAAGUUGGUGUCUGAGUGAUGGUAAUGGUAGUGAACUAGAG